UUCAAAGACAAUUUAAAAAGUAAAAAGUCAAAACAAUUUUUGGAAUAUUUGUGUUUGGUAAUUUGCAAGUGUUGGAAUUUUUUGUUGAUAAAAACGCUGAUAAUGCCCGAAAUGGAAAUUAAAAGAAGAGGAGAAGAAUAUUCAGUUGUGCCCGCAAAGAAAACCCGGCAUGAAAUAUCGGUUAUCGGAACAAGAGAAAAAGCCGUGGUAACCUCUUCCGUGCCGAGAACAUCAAAUCUCUAUGCUCCAAUAAUGUUACUAGAAGGACACCAGGGUGAGAUCUUCACAGCCAAGUUCCACCCUGAAGGCAAACAUUUAGCCUCAGCUGGCUUUGACAGGCAGAUAUUUCUUUGGACGGUGUACGGGCAAUGUGAAAACAUAAUGGUAAUGAAGGGCCAUACAGGAGCCAUCAUGGAGCUCUGUUUCUCUCCGGACGGGGCUCACAUGUACACCGGAGCGACGGACAACACUGUGGCGGUGUGGGAUGUGCCCACAGGACAAAGGAUCAAGAAACUAAAGGGACAUGCCAAUUUCGUUAAUUCUGUAUCAGGUGCAAGACGAGGCCCAGAACUAAUAGUAUCAGCAUCAGACGACAACACCAUCAAACUAUGGGACGCUAGAAAGAGAAACCCCAUAGCCUCCUUCGACAGCGGCUAUCCAGUCACAUCUGUGCUCUUCAAUGAUACUGCAGAGAAAGUCAUAUCCGGGGGCAUAGACAAUAUAAUCAAAGUGUGGGACAUUAGGAAUAAUCAGAUAUCUUAUAAGAUUAAAGGACACACAGACACUAUUACUGGCAUGUCCCUCUCAUAUGACGGCUCGUACCUAUUAUCUAACUCAAUGGACAACACAUUAAGGAUAUGGGACGUCAGACCCUUCGCUCCAUCAGAGAGAUGUGUUAAGUUAAUGUCUGGACACCAACACAAUUUCGAGAAAAACCUGCUACGCUGUGCCUGGUCACCAGAUGGUUCUAAGGUCGCCGCCGGUUCCUCGGACCGUUUCCUGUACAUCUGGGACACGACAUCGCGGCGCGUGCUGUACAAGCUGCCCGGACACAACGGCUCCGUCAACGACGUGCACUUCCACCGCGCCGAGCCCAUUGUGCUGUCGGCCUCCAGCGACAAGCAGAUAUACUUGGGCGAAAUUGAUAAUUAAACUUUUU